CCUCUUUUGAUUUCUCUCUGUCCUAUCCAACAACAGUAAUAAUAACAACGACAAACAACAAGGGCAACAAAAGGGAAAAACAGCCUCCUGGAGCAGUGGAUUCAUAGUGCAGGCGCCGAGUCCCAGUGAUAACCCUGGAAGAAAAAAAAAAAAGGUUGAUGAAUGAGGAGGAGGAUGAUGAAGAAGAAACAUAGAUGCGUGCAUAUAGCAAUACCAUCAUACAUAUUAAACGACAGGAUAAAAGUAUUGAAGAACAGUAAGUUUAAGAAUAGCUCUGGAAGGAAAUAAUGCCGAAGGAAAUUGAUAAAACAGAAGUAGGAGUGGUGGGAAAAAGACACCAUCCAAGAAUGUCAACAAAGGCAAGACUUUAACUGAGGUCAUAUGUUUCCCCGAAGAGAACCUAGAGCUCUAAAAACAGCUGAAAAGCAUUAAGACUUAACUACAAAACCUGCCUCAGUCUCGCGCCUCCUCGCAAGAGGACGCUGCGACUAAUCGAUCGCCUGUAUCGGAUGGCAGGAGCCCACCUCUCAUGAGGUCGGGGCUGGUGCUCCGCCUGCCUGUAGCCACAGUGAGAACUCUUAUCCUGUCGCUGAUUGCUUCCACACGGCUCGUAGAGCCGUUGUACUGACCAGCUGCAAGACUCUGACAAGAGGAGAGAGCAGGCAGAUCCGCGGACAGCCAGAACUCGAGGACCCGGCGGCGCUACAGGGCGGGAAGAGGAAAGUCACAGAGUUUCUUGCGGGUCUGCUAACUAGGCUGCUGGCUCCUUGCGGGAAGGUGGAGCUGGCUGUUGUCUCUGCGGCGAGAUGAAGUUGCACUGUGAAGUCGAGGUGGUCUGUCGGCAUCUGCCCACUUUGGGGUUGAGGAACCGGGGCAAGGGUGUCCGGGCCAUAUUGAGCCUCUGUCAGCAGAUGCCUCGGGCCGGGGCUGAGCGGGACAGCCCGCCUCCCGCCCGCCUUCGCAUCGCCACCCUGAAGGACAAGCUCGGGACCUGCUAUCAGCAGCUAAAAGGUAACAUUGAGAAAUUCUUCACCAAAUUUGUGGAUGAAGGGAAAGCUACUGUUCGGUUAAAAGAGCCUUCAGUGGAUAUCUGUCUAAGUAAGGCCAGUUCCAGCAAUUUGAAGAAUUUCCUUUCAGCUGUGAGACUGGCUCAUAAAGGCAUUGUGGAGGUACCAGUUUCAACUCUCAAUCCAGUGAAGACUUCAGAGUUUGAAAAAUUUAGAAUUAAAAUGGUUAUUACAUCCAAAAAGGAUUAUCCUCUAAGCAGGAACUUUCCAUAUUCUUUGGAACAUCUUCAGGUUUCUUAUUGUGGGCUUGUCCGAGUUGAUAUGCGGAUGCUUUGCUUAAAAAAUCUCAAGAAAUUGGACUUGAGUCACAACCAUAUAAAAAAACUUCCAGCUACAAUUGGAGACCUCAUCCACCUUCAAGAACUUGACCUGAGUGAUAAUCACUUGGAGUCAUUUAGUAUAGUCUUGUGUCAGUCCACACUCCAGAAAUCACUUCAGAAUUUGGAUCUCAGCCAGAAUAAAAUUAGAGCACUCCCUGUGCAGUUUUGCCAGCUCCGAGAACUUACAGAUUUAAAGCUUGACGACAAUGAACUGGUACAACUUCCUUUCAAGAUAGGACAACUGACAAACUUGCGUUUUUUAUCAGCAGCUCGAAAUAAACUUUCAGUUUUGCCUAAUGAAUUAAAAAACUUACUCCUUGAACACUUGGAUCUUUUUGGAAAUCCUUUUGAAAAACCAGAUAUUCCAGUUGUGAAGCUGCAAAUACCAUUAACUUUAUUUGAAUUUUCUGCACGAACUGUAUUGUCUAGUAGGAUACCAUAUGGCCGUGACACCAUACCUUUUCACCUUUGUCAAGAUUUGGAUACUGCAAAAACCUGUGUUUGUGGACGAGUCUGUCUAGACUCUUUUAUUCAAGAAACUGUUAUGGUGAAUUUACACUCUAUUGCUAACACAGUGGUGCUACUAGGUAGUACGGGUGCUACUGAAGCACCUAUUAUCUCUUACUACUGUUCGGUAACCUGUUGUACACAAUCUGAUAUGAGGAGGUAGUAAUAGAUGAUGCAACAAAAUGAAGUCCCAUUUAAUUACAAAUCAGUUUGAGAUUGACUUAUGGUUAAUCAUUGUCAAAUUGGAGAAAAGGGAAGGAUGUUAUAUUAUUCUAAUAUUUUCAUUCAUUUGAAUGUGAAACUUCUGAUUUUAUAAAAACUUAAUUUUGUUGUAGGACUAAUUUAAAAUAUAUAGUUUUAUUGUACUUGUAUAAAGUUUCUAGAAUGAACUGUGGAGCUAUCUUUAAGUGUUAAACGUAAAUUGGUCUCACUCACACUAGUCAUAAGAUUUUAUUUCUGGGGAGUCAGGCAGUAGCACAGCAGGUUAAGCGCACAUGAUGCAAAGCGCAAGGACUGGGCAGGAUCCCAGUUCAAGCCCCUGGCUUCCCACCUGCAGGGGAGUCGCUUCAUAGGCAGUGAAGCAGGUCUGUAGGUGUCUCUCUAUCUCCCCCUUCUCUCUCAAUUUCUCUCUGUCUCUAUCCAAUAACAAAUAAGUAAAUAAAGUUAAAAAAAACUUUUUAAAAAACUUUAAAAAAAUUUAUUUCCAGGAGUUGGGUGGUAGCGUAGCAGGUUAAGAUUUUAUUUCCAAUUUCUUUGUAGAUUUCAGUUUGAAAAAUUGAGCUUCUUGGGCAGGGGUAGAUAGAAUAAUGGUUAUGAAAAGAGAUUCUCAUGCCUGUGGCUCCAAAGUUCCAGGUUCAAUCCCCUGCACCACCAUAAGCCAGAACUGAGCAGUGCUCUGGUGGUUCUCUGUCUCUCUCCAUAUCUCUCUCAAAAAUAAAAUAUUUAAAAAAAAUUGAGCUUCUUGGGGAUAGGCAGUGGUGCACUUGAAUCUGCAAGGACCCAGAUUCAAGUCCCUGGUCCCCACCUGCAAGGGGUAAACUUCAUGAGUAGUGAAGCAAGGCUGCAGAUAUCUCUAACUCUUUCCCUCUCUACUUCCUUCUCCCAUCUGAAUUUCUCAUUACCUCUACUCAAUAGUAAUAAACAAAAAUAUAGUUUUAAAAAUUGAGCUUGUCUUUUUUGUUGUUUAAUGUUUUUAAUGAAAGAGGUAGAAGGGCUAAAGUACAGCACUGUCAUAUGCAGUGCUGGAGAUGGAGCCAGGCACCUCAUAUGCACAAAGCAAGCUCUCUACCUGUUGAGCCACUUCCACACUGUAGAAAUAGGUUUCUUUUUUUUAUUUUUUUGUAAAUGUGCAAUUGUAGGUAUGCUUCUAAUUCUUCAAAAACCCCUUCUGUUUCAUUGGUUUAAUCCCCCCUGUUUAACACUGUGUUCUAUUUACAUAACCACUGUUAACUAAGCACCACCCUGCCCCCAGGGCAUUGGUUUAAUCCCCACUGGUUCAUGAUGUCUUUUUCCUCCGCCCCCUCUCCUAGUACACCCUGAUUUCCACCAGUCUUUUUUCGCUCCACCCUCUCUAUGUCACAUCCUGUUUCCACCCUACUUGGCAAGUAUAUGUAAGGACAGGAUUGUGAUUAGAGAUAGCUUAGAUUGUGCUGUGUUCCACAUGAAUAAAGAGAUACUGCUUCCCAG